GACAUCAUUGUUAUGAAGACGAGUAAAACUAAAAAUAACUCGCUCGAGCUGGGUAAAAUUCUGCGAGUACCGGGUGAAAAAAUCUGCUCUGUUUCCGAAGGCGAACCAGGUGAAGGAACGUUUCAACGUGACGGUGCAAUAUACGCAUCACUAACUGGUGUUCAGAGUAUAGUAGAACAAAAAGAAUCAACUGAUGGCGAAACAUUACCGCCUUUAAUUCAAGUUAUACCUUCGAAAAAGACAAUAAGAACUUUGGUUCCCGAAAUAGGCCAAGUUGUGGUAUGUCGAAUCACAUCAACUAACAGUCGCUUAUGUAAGUGUGACAUAAUCGGGAUUGAAGGAAGUUUCCUGCCUAAAAGUCCUGCUUUAAGUGGGUCACCCUAUCAUGGAUUCAUCAAGAAAGAAGAUAUCAGAGCGACUAAUAAAGAUAGGGUGGAAGUUUCGAAAUGUUACAAACCAGGGGACAUUGUUCUAGCCAAAGUUUUAUCACUCGGCGAUUCGUACAGCUACGCCUUGACAACUGCUGAAAAUGAACUAGGUGUUGUGUACACAAUUAGUGAUAAAGUUCUGACCGGCUCAAGUGAUUGUGCGAGAGCACCUAUGUUACCACUGAGCUACUGCGAAAUGAUUUGUCCAGAGUCUUUUGAACGAGAACCGAGAAAAGUUGCAAGGGUUCAAACUCGCUAUUUGGAGAAUUAUAAACCACCACCGGUAGAAAGUUGAGGAAAGUAUCAAAAUGGUGUUUUCGAAAGCCUUAAAUUAGGCAGCCGCGAUGACGUAAGACUGUUUUUGGAUCUAUUCCUGAGGCCCAAAAAAAUCAAUUUGUGAUUAAUUUGGAGGAUUUCAAUCCGAUUUUUCGACAUCUGUUUGAAUUCGAUGAUCAUAAAACACAUGAAAAAAAUAUACAUUGAGAAAUUUUUAAGAGUGAUUUGAUUGUUGAAAUUAAAAAUUUCUUUUCAAGCUAUGCGCAAUACAAAAAGUUAUAAAAAUACAGCUUUACCUGUUUAAAGUGCCGCGAAUAAUAAUUGAUCUGUAUUCCAAAUAUCUGUUUGAUAAUUUUUAUACCCAAAGUUGGAGCUUUGCAGAUCAUGAUUUAGUGGUGCGAUAAUUGUUGGUUUAGCGUUAAAUCAAUUGGGAACUUUUUGGCUUUAGUUUACAUCUGUGGGAAAGUCGAUAAAGUGGAUGAAAUUUUGGAUCUAUCAGAAUGCAGCAAACUUGAGCGUUUUCGUUGGAAAGCUCACAGGAUUUUCUCUAGAAUUUUUGGAGAGAUUUCCGAAAAGAUUUCUGAGAGAUGAAAAUGUUUUGUUUUUGUUUAAUUGAG